GAUUGCUGGCUUUGGCACUGCACCCCCUAACCCGGAGGCCCAAGGUGUGGCCUAGCCGCCACCCCUAGAGCAGAGUAGGGUGCUCAGCCAGUCCCUCAGGCAUAAUUAGCCCCCGCCUUCCCAGCCAUGCACAGGGAGACACCCACCCUGCAGUGGCCUCCUAGGCCUCCCUGCAGCACCCGGUAAUGCAAUCCAACGGGGCGGGGGAGGCGGCGGCGGCGGCGGCGGCAGCAGCCACGGCAGCCACGGCAGCAGCAGCGGCGGCGGCGGCGGCGGCAGCACUACCCCAACCAAGAGACAUCCAGAAAGAGGAAAAUGGCUCCGAGCAGGGACCGCCUGCUGCAUUUUGGGUUCAAGGCGACAAUGUUCUCAAAUAGUGAUGAAGCUGUGAUCAAUAAAAAACUUCCCAAAGAACUCCUGUUAAGGAUAUUUUCUUUUCUGGAUGUUGUUACUUUGUGUCGCUGUGCUCAGGUCUCUAGGGCCUGGAAUGUUCUGGCCUUGGAUGGCAGUAACUGGCAGCGAAUUGACCUGUUUGAUUUCCAGAGGGAUAUUGAGGGCCGGGUAGUGGAGAAUAUUUCAAAACGAUGUGGGGGCUUUUUACGAAAGUUGAGCCUACGUGGGUGUCUUGGAGUUGGAGACAAUGCAUUAAGGACCUUUGCACAAAACUGUAGGAACAUUGAAGUACUAAAUCUUAAUGGGUGUACAAAGACUACAGAUGCUACAUGUACUAGCCUUAGCAAGUUCUGUUCCAAACUCAAGCACCUUGAUUUGGCUUCCUGUACAUCAAUAACCAACAUGUCUCUCAAAGCUCUGAGUGAGGGAUGUCCACUGUUGGAGCAGUUGAACAUUUCCUGGUGUGACCAAGUAACCAAGGAUGGCAUUCAAGCACUAGUGAGAGGCUGUGGGGGUCUCAAGGCCUUAUUCUUAAAAGGCUGCACACAGCUAGAAGAUGAAGCUCUUAAGUACAUAGGUGCACACUGUCCUGAGCUGGUGACUUUGAAUUUGCAGACUUGCUUACAAAUCACAGAUGAAGGUCUUAUUACUAUCUGCAGAGGGUGCCAUAAGUUGCAGUCCCUCUGUGCCUCUGGCUGCUCCAACAUCACAGAUGCCAUCUUGAAUGCUCUAGGUCAGAACUGCCCUCGGCUUAGAAUAUUAGAAGUGGCACGAUGUUCUCAAUUAACAGAUGUGGGUUUUACUACUCUAGCCAGGAAUUGCCAUGAGCUUGAAAAGAUGGAUCUGGAAGAAUGUGUUCAGAUAACAGAUAGCACAUUAAUCCAGCUUUCUAUACACUGUCCUCGACUUCAAGUAUUGAGUCUAUCUCACUGUGAGCUGAUCACAGACGAUGGAAUUCGUCACCUGGGGAAUGGGGCCUGUGCCCAUGACCAACUGGAAGUGAUUGAGCUCGACAACUGCCCACUAAUCACAGAUGCAUCCCUGGAGCACUUGAAGAGCUGUCACAGCCUCGAGCGGAUAGAACUCUAUGACUGCCAGCAAAUCACACGGGCUGGUAUCAAGAGACUCAGGACCCAUUUACCCAAUAUUAAAGUCCACGCCUACUUCGCACCUGUCACUCCACCCCCAUCAGUAGGGGGCAGCAGACAGCGCUUCUGCAGAUGCUGCAUCAUCCUAUGACAAUGGAGGUGGUCAACCUUGGUAAACUGAGUAUUAAAUGACACUUCUAGCGUUACCGUGGAGUCUCUCCAGUGGAAGCGGUCCCAGCAUUCUGGGCAAGGGUUACAAAGCAAGGGAGUGUCCAGAUCCCCAGAGCCACACAUACUAAGCAUACACACCCUCACCCCCAUCCACUAUAGUUCCAUGAACAUGGGACUGAAGUUCAAGCUGACUUUAUCAAAUGAAUUGGUAAAACAGCAUUCCUGUUGGAUGUGUCCAGAAGAAAAUCAUAGGCCAGGUGGAGGGGAGGGGGCAUUCCAGCAAACCCAGUGUUAUUGUUACUGUGGUUUAUUUUGUUAAGGGGUUUUCUGGGGGCAGUCCUCCAGGGUCAAGAAGAGCAUGGAAAAACAAUAUAUGAUAUAUCCAGGGACCAGAAAGAAAAUUUCUUUGCAUUGUAGAAAUGGUAGCCAUCCAUUGUAAGAUGACUACAGAGCUUCUGUGCUUCCUUGUUUCCAUGCCAACAUGCUGAGCAUGCUCACAAAGAAGGCUCAUCCAUUCCUUGGGUGGUAGUAUUUGGCCCAGAAGUUUCUAAAUGACUGCAUUGAAAUUGCUGUGGUCCAAACGUGAUUACUUACUCAAGUUAUCACUGUCUGCAUCACAUUUGUGCACCUGUCUUCCAUUCUCCAUUGUGCCCUUCUCCACUUGGCUCAGCUUGUCACUUGUUCACUCUACCUACUCACACUCAUCUGUUACUCUUUGCUGUUGUGUUUACAGUUUGCAUUUUGGAUGAUUAGUUGGGGUUAUCAAACACUUUUAAGAAAAACAUCAAUAAAUAUUUUUUUAAUUCUAUAUUUUACGAUUAGGGGACUGACCCUGCCUGAAUCUUUGCCAAUUUGAAAGAAAACAAAAGCAAGAAAGUUAAGAGAAAAAAAUAGAGUUAAAACUAUUUUGAUGAAAACAGAAUUUGCCUUUUGGUUUCUAUUAUAUCUUUUGAUCUAAAAUAAUUUGCAUGAUGUGCCCAGUAUUCCCCCUGCACAUUUUCCCUGUGUCAACCCACUUACCUAUUAAGAAAAGAGAGAAAUGUUUUGUUAUUAUUAAAUAGUAGGUGGCAUAUCCCAAAACUGAGCCAGGAAGUCCUUACUACCCAAGCUCGGACAUUAAUGAUUAACAUCACCGUGUGUUCACAGAAACCUAGACCUCUGUCACUGAGAUUAUUGACUUCAGUAGAAGUCUGUGCUGUCUAGCCAGUUGGUUUCUCCUUCUUUCCCCUGUUACAGCUUAUCAAGGGAUACAAGAAUGCCAUUUAAUAGCUGGCUAUCUGUAUGUCAGUGUUAACAGUAUCAUAUCUAUUGUUUUCACCUCAAAGGACAUGAGCUGUCAGCUGUAUCUCUCUUCUUCUCCAGACUUCCUGUGAAUGGAAUAUAAAAGCAGCCAGUUGAAGGCAUUGGUGCAGCUUUAAAGUCUUGAGAGGAAGUAGGUUAGGUGUCUCUGCCUAGCCUUGAAACUGGGCAGCAGAGCUAAGGGUAGGAGUUUAGUGUUCCUGUCUCAGAGCCAAGAAGCUCACCUUCCAAAAAGAAAUCAUAAAGAUGAGGGAAAUAGAGUUUCUAAAGCAUAAGAUUUUUAAACCCCAAGGUUAGAAAACUGGUGUGACUUUUUUUUUUUGCAAUAGGGUGAUUGGGGAAGAGGAUCUUUUAGGCUAUUAAUGUGCAGUCUACCAUGGUCUAAGAUCUUGAUCUCUUCCACAUGAUCCAGAUUGUAAAAAGUCUUGUUUUAAUGCUGCAGGUCUUGGUUCUUCCAACAUAUGUAAAAAUAAAAAAUGAUUUAUUUCUCCAUUGGUGUGUAGAGAGCAAUCAGAUAAAAAGUCUGUAAUACCCAUCAUUAUUUGUCAUAUUAAAUUAUUUUAAAUCCAA